CCUUUAACAUCAUGAUGAAGACACUGUGUGUGUUUUGGCUAUUUCAUGCAAGUCUUCAGCUUCAGUGUGAUAAAAAAGAGAUCAACGCACAUGUUGGGGGUGAAUUCAAGAUUGCUUGCAAUUAUGAGAGGAGAUUAUUCUUUAGUAAAAAGUACUGGUGUCGAGGGCCCUCCAGAAACACCUGUGAAGUGUUGGUGGAUACAGACAAAGUGGCCCGAACUAAAUACACACACCGCUCUCAGAUUAAGGAAGUUGGAAGAGCAGGUCUGUUUGUGAGAAUCACCAACCUCCAGACUGAUGACAGCGGGGUGUACUGGAUCGGGAUUGACAAACCAAAUGCUGACAUCAUGACUUCAGUCACUGUGGUCAUCACUGAGGCACCGGUAUCUAAACCGAGCCUUCGGCCCCUGAGCCCCCUGGUGGACCGGCCCACGUGCUGGGGGGAGCCGGUGACUGUGCGUUGUGCUUCUGCAAAGGGCACUGCCAUCGAUUACACCUGGUACCAGCACACGCACCGCGAAGACCUCCUGCUUCACCACUCGCCAGAUCUGAACCUACACUGUGGCGCGGUGGCAGAGGACAGCGAGUAUUUCUGUUGUGCCAGAAACAGCGUAAGCAACGAGAAGAGUGACCUCCUCUCCGUGGAGGUUCUGAUGCCUGCAGACCUGGGCUGCAUCUAUGUGGUCAAGAUUCAGGGCCAACCCAUUUAUGACUGUGCAGACAGAAUGAGCACAACCACAGAGGAAGCUGCUCCCCUGACGGCAUGCCAGACAAAUGCCAUCCAAAUCUCUGACCCCAAAGACCAGUUUUCACCAAUCAUCAAUCAAACUCAUGAAAAUGUGUUUUUCAGCAGGACCUGGAGUGGCUUUCAGCUCUGGUAUACACUCCUGCGCUGGGGCUCUUUGGGAUUCUUACUCCUAACACUUUUCACAGUUCUUGCAUGCACAAGAACGAGACGCAAGAGUUAUGCCAAAAGGAAGAAGUUUCAUUACCCGCAAAUUCCAAGGUGACCUACAUUUGGUGGUGUAAUAGUUCCUUGGAAGCAAUCAACCUGAGUGGUUUUAUGGUUUAAUUGGUGGAACGCUGAGUCAGUGUCGCGAUCCUCUUCCUCGAAUUCUUCUGCCGUUUUUCGGAAUCAAACUAUUUCCGCAUUUUUUCAGCUAUUGGAACCAACCAGGUAUCAAGAUGUUUAGCUUGUUCAGCUCGUUCCAGUACUUCAAAUCCUUAAACGUUUUAAGAUAUCCCAGGUUUUCAAGGCCCAUUGGAUUUAUAAUGGGGACAUCUUCAAGUCCUUCAAAAAACGUCCACCUCUCUGAGACACCGUUCAAACGUAAAACUAGUCUUAAACUCUUAUGCUGGAUUUCAGUUGUGGAAGGUUCAGAAUUCUUUACAAAAUCUUUGUGGUACUUGAGGCAUUUACUACUUUACCAUACUUUCACCUCGUCUCGAUACACACUUUAAACGAGCCACGACACUUUGGACGACAAAAUAUCAAAGAUAAACCGCCCUAGAAAGAACCAGAACCAGAACCAGAAUCAAACUUUGGUAUUAUCACACCUUGACUACUGCUCAGCUAUCUGGUCAAGUGCAGGGAAAAAACAUAUAAAAAAACUUCAGAUAGUGCAGAAUAGAACAGCUCGCCUUGCACUCGGGUGUUCUAUGAGAAAGGGUGUUGACCAAAUGCAUUGUAAUCUUGCCUGGAUGAAAGUAGAGGACGGAUUAACACACAAUUUACUAACAUUAUUCAGGAAUAUAACUGUGUCGAAACAACCAAACUGCCUGUACUCAAAAAUAACCUUUUCCCAAAACAGACAUGAGCACAGGACAAGACAAGUUAGCUGGGGUCAUAUUUCUAUUCCAUUACCGAGAUCAAAUGCAAUGAAAAUAACUUGUAUACAGGGCCAUCUCACAGUGGAACAGGUUGCCAUAUACCAUAACUAAAGAAACAAGCAGAGACAGUUUCAAAAAGCAACUAAAAAGGUUAUUUUUGGGUACAGACAUAAACAAUGGUUAAUAUAUAUGUUUGAUAUACAUUUUGUGAUUUAUUGUGUGGAAAAUACAGCUCAAUGUAGUUGCAGGUUGUGAUGGUUACCACUACAG